UGAGAUCAUGACCUGAGCCCAAAUCAAGAGUCAGAGGCUCAACCGCCUGAGCCACCCAGGUGCCCCUCAACCGUCACUAUUUUACAUCUCCACGUUAAAAGGCUAAGUCCCACGGCUCCUUUAUUGUCGACGUUGGUUCUUGUACUUUCUAGGCUCUCAUACCCACCAAAUGCCCUAUUCUUCAGGAGGACUGACUGUUUUCUCUUCUGGGCUUCUCCUACUCCACGAAACGCCAGAGUGACUUCUCGUACGAUACUUCACAGAGCAGACCAUCCCAUGCACAAUUACACGUCUUGACAGGACUUUUCACUCGUGGUAUUUGGAUUCACCGUUGCAAACAUUCUGCCUUCUUGGUUUUCUGUCUCGCAAGGACUGAAAUUACCAGGGGUGGGGAGGAUAGUUUCAGCAUCUGUUUCAAAAGAUCCACGCCAGGAUUUCCUUUGCACACCAGGAACUGGAGCUCGGAGCACCUCUCUGCUCCAAGCCCGAUUCUCGGUUCGGUUCUCGUGCCUUACGCCAGAAUGUCCCACGGUAGGUGUAGACAGGAAGGACAAAGAGAAAGUCAGUCACUCGGUCUGAGGGUUCCCCUCCACCCCCCAUAGCCUCUCUUCCCCAGAUCAAAGGCCUGGCCUGCUGGGUAGAAAGUUUCUGCGGCUUGUUUCAAUCAAGGGGUUUCUAGCAGCACAGUUAACGCUUCACUCUCCGGUGUGCUCUGGGGAUACAGGAAAAUGCCAUUGUAAUUAUCGUACAGCGCUGUAACUCCUUAUUUACAUUUUGUAUUACAAAAUGUACAUUUUGCAAAUGUGCAGUUUGCUCAGCCCCUUUCUGUGUGUGUGUAGUGACAGCAGGUGGUGCUGAGGACACGUGAGGCAUUUUAGGGCACGGGCUCUUUCACAGGAGCUCCGGGGACUUGAGGCGCCCAGAGUGACCAGCAUCUCUGCCUCCGCGGGCGCGGUAUUAACAUCCUACCCUGUACUUCCAUCAAGCCGGAGUUUAAUUAACGUGUUCUUUUCAUGCGACUGGGUCUGCAAAUGAAUAAACAGACACGUUAAUUACUCUGGCUGAGUCCACUGUGAAACGUGCUUCAUGUUUGGCGACAGGGUGUUAAGUAUUUGCCAUAACAGAGGAUAGACACGGUACGCAAAACCUUAUCCACCUGUGUUACCAGAGCAUAAAACAGGAUUUGGAAAGCAAGGCACAGCACACACAGGCAUUCCAUCACCCUCCGCGCAGUGGCGGCAUGGCUAGAGACAGAUAGCCUCCCUUACUCUUCCGAAGGUUUGAGGACUCACAUCUAAGUCUCUAACACGCGACAGACUGAACCGGCCAAGAAAGUGCUAAGCAUGCGGUAGGCACCAGCGGCGGUGCCUCGGAAUCGUCUCGGGACACGUAAAGCAACACCCUCUGAGUGAACUGGAAUCAACCAGGCUGGAAGUCUGACCCGUACUUCUCGAGAGGCUUCCGGGAAGCUCUCUCGUGUCUAGAAACCGCUGGGUGCCAAGAGUUGAGCAGCCCGGAGGACAAAUGGUAGCUGUGAAAGCUUUGUGGCUUCAGAAGGACUUUCGCUGGUUCCUAAGGAAGAUACUUAGAGCAGGACAGGGCUCUUCUCAUACCUCAUCCCAUUUGAUCUUGUGACAAGCUUAGGAGGGGAGGUUUUAGCACACGAUGUGGGCUCAGAGGUAACGUGACUCUUCCAAGAUCACGCCGCUUGUGGGAAGAUCUAGAGACGGAGCCGAGGUGUUCGUUCUGAAUCCAGAAGCCAUCUGCGCCGUAGCAUAGGGCAGGUGGCCAGGAGGACGUCUGAGGCUGGGGACAGAGAGCGAGAAAAGAGCACGCAAUGUAACAGUAAGGAGCCCCACUUAGCUGUGCUCCCCGGAUCUUUUCAGGCCCUCGAGCCGUCUGCCAGGUGACCUUGCAGUGCGUGAAAGGGUUGGAGUAUAUGUGUCAGCCGUCCUGAGGACUUUGAUAAAAGGUCGGCAGAGACCGCGGUGUGCAGGCCCGGAGCGAGGCCCCAAGGCAAAUUACGCGCGUCCGUAGCCCUCCCGGGUGCGGCUUUUCAUCAGCGAUGGGGCCCUGAGCGGCCACCGUGUCUUGGAGGAUCAUGGGAUCACACCGGAGGGGAGACUCGGGAAACAGAUCUGACCCCGGCCUGACGCCCAGCCCGCCGACCCCCGGCCCGCAACGGCCGCCCGCCAAACCGCAGCCCCCUGCGGGCCCGUAAGCGUGAGGCCAAGUGCUCUGUGACGCACCGGGUCCCGGGCUGGGGUGUAGCAGCCAUCUCGCGGCUCGAAUAGAGGGCGUCUGGCCGCGUGGCCACGCAGGAACGACGCAGUCAGGGCCUCCGUCUCCUUGAGGGACUCUUCACUCGCCGCGAACUCGGGAGUCACCGGUCUUUUGUUCCGCUCAUCUAACCAGCUUCUGAGCCGCUACGUGUGAGAACCCCAUAAGCUGACACGUCGGGAACGACCUCAUCAUCCAGAUCUCCUUUUGUUUCCAGUCCACGAAUGGUCAGUCGGGUCAAAAACCGCGGGGUCAUCUGGUCGCCCCGCUGGCUUCUCCGCGUACCUCCGCUUCGUCGCCCAGCGCGACCGAGUGGUGACCCCGGACUCUGGUCUCUUCCGGCCUCUCGUUCCUGCCGCUGCUGCCGGCGUUCAGAGAGUAGCAUCCCUCGCUCUGAUGACGAUCCCCGAAGAGAUGGCCCCGCUCCUGCUCCCACCCUGUCCUCGCUCUGCAGGGCUGGCUUUCCAAAACACGUGGGAUCGUUGUACUCCCUGGCUUAGCACGUCCUCGUGACUCCAGUCGUUGCGGAGGUUGCGUCCGGACUCCUUAGCGUGUGGCAGAGCACGGUCCUCCUGGUGGAGCUCGCUCUGGGCCCACACACUGUGCGACGCUGGGGCCCGAUUCCUGGCCUGUUUGCCCCGUGUGUGUGUGCGGCUCAUCUUUCCUCUCACCCUGCUCUCCACUCACACCCGCCAGACCCAUCUCUCGCUCGCUGGGAUGCCCUUCCUGGCACCUGCCCCGCUGUGCUCGGGGAAGAGUUCUGCAUUUAGACUCCAAUGUCCCCCCCGCCCCAAGCCCCUCCGGUCAGCCCUGCGGACCGUCCAGAAUUUCAGAACCUCAGCCCACGUCACCACCAUCUCUCGGUGAAGCCUCCCCUUCCCCACAACACCUGGCCUCCCUUUGGUGUGGCCGCUGGACUCUCUCCGCCUGUCUUUACGUGGUCCUCUCCCCUCCUCGCGUGUCAGUCCCGCCCAAGAGGACUGGCUUCCCCGUAACCAUCUUGUGCUGCGCCCUGCAUCCACCAGAUGAUUACUUGAGGGAAAGCGGUGAGCGCGAGCUCCGUUUGCCGAUCUGUGAAAUGGCAGUUUCGUCGUGGCCUCGCGGCCUCGGAGAGCAGACGGGACUCUUUUCUGCCUUGGGUGUACCAACUCACCGCCUGACCCCUUGAGAUUGUGAACACUCUAUCUAGCCUGGGAAGCGGGCUGGACGGCUGAGCCAGGCCACAUCCAGAGUGGCCCAUGCUGUGGCCAGAGCCCUCCACCAGGCUGGGGGGCCGCUGGCCUGGCCUCCUGCCCAUACUUCUGGCUCUCCUUGGCAUGGCCCGGACAGAGGUGGAGGUGCUGCUGCCGCAGGAGGAACACACUCCAGCGCCUGGAGCUCUGAGCAGUAAGGAGACGUUCCUGCUCCUGUCCCUCCACAACCGCCUGCGCAGCCGGGUGCACCCUCCUGCAGCCAACAUGCAGAGAAUGGACUGGAGUGAGAGCCUGGCCCGAUGGGCUCAGGCCAAGGCGGCUCUCUGUGGUGCCCCAGCCCCGAAGUCUGCAUCGGCACCUCGAGCCACGCAGCAAGUGGGCUGGAACGUGCAGCUGCUGCCCGUGGGUUCAGCAUCUUUCGUCCACGUGGUGGGCCUGUGGUUCGCAGAGGGGCAGCGGUACAGCUACACAGCAGCCGAGUGUGCCCCCAAUGCCACCUGCACCCACUACACUCAGCUCGUGUGGGCCACCUCGAGCCAACUGGGCUGCGGGCGGCAGCCCUGCUCUGGGGCCCAGGCGGAGAUUGAAGCCUUCGUCUGCGCCUAUUCUCCCGGAGGCAACUGGGAGCUAAACGGGAAGACAAUCGCCCCCUAUAAGAAGGGCUCCUGGUGCUCUCUCUGCACAGCCAGCGUCUCAGGCUGCUUCAAAGCCUGGGACCACGCAGGGGGGCUCUGUGAGGUCCCCAGGAACCCAUGUCGCAUGAGCUGCCGGAACCACGGACGUCUCAACAUCAGCACCUGCCACUGCCAUUGUCCCCCUGGCUACACAGGCAGAUACUGCCAAGUGCGGUGCAGCGUGGAGUGCGUUCAUGGCCGGUUUCGGGACGAGGAGUGUUCCUGCGUCUGUGACGUCGGCUAUGGGGGAGCCCAGUGUGCCACCAAGGUGCUCUUCCCCUUCCACACUUGUGACCUGAGGAUCGACGGAGACUGCUUCAUGGUGUCCUCAGAGGCAGACACCUACUACGGAGCCAAGAUGAAAUGCCAGGGAAAGGGCGGGGUGCUAGCCCAGAUUGAGAGCCAGAAAGUUCAGGACAUCCUCGCCUUCUACCUGGGCCACCUGGAGACCACCAACGAGGUGACCGACAGCGACUUUGAGACCAGAAACUUCUGGAUCGGUUUGGCAACUGCGUGGAGCUGCAGGCAUCAGCCGCCUUCAACUGGAAUGACCAACGUUGUAAAACCCGGAACCGUUACAUCUGCCAGUUUGCGGAGGAGCACAUGUCCCGGUGGGCCGUGGGACCCUGAGACUCAGCCAGGCCUCUCCCCUGCCAGCCUCCCGAGGCACAGCCCUGUGUGCCCAUCUGCAGACCUGCCUGGAACAAGGGCCAGGCCAGGGCUGCAAGCCCAACAUCCACAGAGGUCGCAGACCCUGUGGGAAGUGAGGCAGGGGGCACAAGUCAGACCCAGAGAGGGCUGGGGCCCCUCAGCCUGCUUUCAUUGGGAAGAUGGGUGUCAGGCGCCCCGGGCCGGCAGUCAGAAGAGACCACUCUCCUCGGUGUGUUGCCGGACCCUGUGGGGCAGAUGGGGGCUCCUCACUGCCCAGGGUGCACCCCACAAAGGAUUAAACUAAGUUAUGAAUCA